AUGCCUCCUGAAAAAGUCGAGAUCUUUGACUCUCUCCACGAAUGGGCCGAAAAUAACAUUCUCGUUCAUCUCAAGCCCGUUGAAAAAUGCUGGCAGCCAACCGACUUUCUCCCGGAUUCCUCAUCUGACGGGUUUUACGAUGAGGUAAAAGAACUGAGAGAGAGGUCAAAAGAAAUCCCGGAUGACUAUUUUGUGGUUUUAGUUGGGGACAUGAUUACUGAGGAAGCUCUCCCGACAUAUCAGACUAUGAUAAACACUUUGGAUGGUGUUCGUGACGAGACUGGUGCUAGCUCGACUCCUUGGGCUGUUUGGUUGAGGGCAUGGACAGCCGAGGAGAAUAGGCACGGUGAUCUUCUCAACAAGUAUCUUUAUCUCUCGGGACGUGUUGAUAUGAAGCAAAUCGAGAAGACAAUUCAAUAUUUGAUUGGUUCAGGGAUGAAUCCUCGUACUGAGAACAACCCGUACCUCGGAUACAUCUACACUUCAUUCCAGGAAAGGGCAACCUUCGUUUCUCAUGGAAACACGGCCCGACUAGCCAAAAACUACGGGGACCUCAAACUGGCUCGGAUAUGCGGGACCAUAGCCUCGGACGAAAAACGACACGAGAUGGCCUACACCAAGAUAAUCGAGAAGCUCUUCGAGCUCGACCCAGAUGGCACAGUUUUGUGCCUUGCAGACAUGAUGAGGAAGAAAAUCACGAUGCCAGCUCAUCUCAUGUACGACGGUAAGGAUGAUGACUUGUUCGAGCAUUACUCGGCCGUAGCCCAGCGACUUGGGGUCUACACUGCCAGUGAUUAUGCGAAUAUCUUGGAAUUCUUUGUGGCCAGAUGGGAGGUCGAGAAGUUGACAGGUCUUUCGGGUGAGGGACGUGAAGCGCAAGAUUACAUUUGCGGUCUGGCACGUAGAAUUCGAAAGCUUGAGGAGAGAGCUCAUGCAAGGGCAAAGCAAGAAAGAAAUGUGCCCGUUAGCUGGUUGUUCGGUAGAGAAAUUAAGCUUUGA